AUCUCGCGAGAGCCGCUGAAUGUAUCAGUUUGCGGUGGGAGGUGGGAGCACGUGGGCCGGCCGUGGAGCCUGGAGUCUGAGAGCGGCGCAGAGAGUGAGAGACUUGGCUUCGGCCUACUGUCUGAGCAGGCCUCCUCAACCUGGUGACCUUGUCCCCCAUCCUCCUCCCUUGGAUGAGUGACAAGAUACCAGGAUGGCUUUGAGGUUUCGAACUAUCUUUCCGUAUACGCUACCCGGGGUGCUGGCCCUCAUCGGCUGGUGGUGGUACAUAACCAGGAAGAAAGGCCGAGAAAGUGGUCGUGGCAAGGCUAAGCUUGCUCUGGCACCAGAAUCCUCUGCCGAGGCUGGUGGAGGAGAGCAUUGCGCAGACCUGAAGGAUCCCCAGAAUGUUAAUACGGUGGCCGAGUUAACGAAUGCCAGUGAGGAAAAGGCAGAUGAAACUGUAGUCAAGCCCCUGAAGCUGGUGCCAGCUCUACAGGUGGAAACUUCAGAGCAGGCGGCGGAACCCGAGAGCAGUUUGUGCCACUUGACGGAUAAACGCGAUGCCAACGUGGAAAGCAACACUCCAACGAUGCUGCUGAGCUCCUCACCCCGAUCUCAAGAAGUACUGUUCAUGUCCAACGUGCAAGGUCCCCUCCAGACAUCGCCCAAGGUUGAGAAGGAAGGCUACCUCCACCAGAUGGUGGAGAAGGUCAGCGGUGACCCCUUGGAGAUCUGGCAGCCCCCUGUUUGCAGUGUGGUCAAGUCGCCCGCCCCCUUCCCCAUCCACAACUUCUCCGUCAACUCCGAGGCAGAGAGGGACAGCAACGGCAGAGCUCUGCCGGGCCUCGGCCGCGCGGAACGUGAGCCGCCGGCGCCUGAUGGCCCCAGCAUGGAAAGGCCUGAGCCUGAGGGCGAAAACGCGGGCAAUCUGACGGAACCCCCCUGUUUCAAGGCCACGCUCAACAACGUCCGCCUCAGCCCGUUCCUGAUUCCCCGCCAGGAUUCCGACCGGGGAAGCCGACUUGGCAAAGACCCCGUUCCAGCCCCGGCACCCGCCCCCACCGGGAACGGCUUGCCGGCCGACGCGGCUGCGAAAGGCGUUGCUCGGGACGAGAUCGAGGCGGCAGCGGCUGGUUUGAUCUCCGAGGUGAUAACGGCUGCGAAGCAGGAACUCUUUGCUUCACAGCUCGGACCCUGCACGCAGGGUGCAUGUGUGGCCGGGGCGGCAAGAGGCAAAUCAGCGAAUCCCUCUGUCCAACGGCCGGCCACUGCUGACGACUCAGUCCCGGAGCCCGGCAUUGACGGGGUGAGACAGGCCAGCGAAGAGGACCGCUCCGUGUCCCGGGCCGGUGCUGCCUCCACCGCAGAGGAGAGGCCUGCCGGACCCGAUGGUCGGAGUGAGUUUGCCGGAGAGGUCCCUGCGCCCGAGAAGCCUUCGGAAGAGGAUAACCUGGCAGCAGAAGACUCUGGCUGCCAUUCAGAAGAUGGGGCUGUUGGGGACGGCCUACCAGAAAGCGGCGCAGCUUGGUGUGACCCGGCCAGCCACCAGGGCACAUCGAGCAGUCGUGCGGUGUCCAGGGUCGGGCACAGCUGUGAGGGAGAGCUUCCAGAGCCCGAAAUGGCACUGGGAGAAUCCGGGACAAGGGGAGGCCUUCCGAAGGAUUGUGAGAAGGACGCACAGGGAGACCAGAGUCGAGCCUCCACCGAGGAGGUGCAGCCCACCGCCAAGAAACACUUGGAGGAAUUGAAUGCAGCGGGUCAGGAUUCUGGGAUCGGUGUUGUCUACUCGGAUGCCACAGGAGAAGAGGAGCCUUUGCAUCCCAAGGUAACACCUGCCCCGGGAAGUCAGCAAACAGAUGCUGUGUGUGACCCUGUGACUGGAGGAACACCCCUAGAGCAGGAUCCAAAACACAAGCAUGGACCACUGCAGCAGCAUCAAGGAGCUAGGGUGCCCAAUGGAGGAGGUGUAGAAGAAGGAGCUGAUGGGAAUUCUCAAUUGCUGCUUGAAAUGGAGUUCGAUCAUUCUGGAGGUUCAGAUGUGAACAGUAUGGAUUCAAAUGACAGUGGAUGUCCUGCAGGUGGACCAGACACCCUGAACAAGGAUGGAGCAACUUUGAAUGCAAUACAAGACCAAGCUGAACUCACCAUCUGGGAGGUCCAGGUGCCAAAGCAUCUGGUUGGACGGUUAAUUGGUAAACAGGGAAGAUUUGUGAGUUUCUUGAAGCAAUCCUCUGGUGCCAAGAUUUACAUCUCCACACUGCCUUACACACAAGAUUUCCAGAUCUGUCAUAUAGAAGGUAAUCAGCAGCAGGUAGACAAAGCACUUAACUUGAUUGGAAAGAAGUUUAAGGAGCUGGAUCUCAGGAAUCUAUAUGUUCCACCACCACCUUUGACACUACCCUCAUUACCGAUCACCUCCUGGCUCAUGCUUCCUGAUGGCGUAACAGUGGAAGUGCUGGUGGUGAAUAUUGUCAAUGCCGGGCACAUGUUUGUACAGCAACACACCCACCCUACAUGUCAUGUACUACGCAGCAUGGAUCAACAAAUGUUCCUCCUUUACUCUCAGCCAGGAAUCCCAACACUAACACCUCCAUUAGAAGUUGGAAUAAUCUGUGCAGCUCCUGCAGUUGAUGGUGCCUGGUGGCGAGCGCAGGUUGUUGCCUAUUUUGAAGAGACAAAUGAAGUUGAAAUCCGAUAUGUUGACUAUGGAGGCUAUGAACGCGUUAAAAUAGAAGCAUUGAGGCAAAUCAGGUCUGAUUUUGUAUCACUACCUUUCCAAGGCACUGAGGUCCUGCUAGACAACAUAAUGCCUCCCCCAGGUGCGGACCAUUUCUCUGAAGAGGCAAACACAGCAAUGGAUGAAAUGACCCGUGGUGCUGCUCUGCUUGCCCAGGUGACUGGUUAUGACAACAGUGGUGUGCCUCUAAUAAACCUGUGGAGUAUAAUUGGAGAUGAGGUCCUGUUUUUAAACCGAAUUCUGGUGGAGAAAGGACAUGCACAAUGGAUAGAGAGCUAUUAGUCUGCAGCCCAAGGCCCUUUUCUAAACUCAUUUUGCACUGCAUUGUAAUUCAAUCAUUUGCUAGCUGUGCAGAUGUGUAUAUAAGUCACUGUAUUAAUAUUUUGUAAGAUCUCAAUGGAGUACAUAAAGGGAACUUUUCCAAAAAUUAUGGUGUCUGAUAGGUAAGUGAUUGUCACUCGAUUUAAGUCAUGUCUGGUUAAUUUGAUAUUUAAGAAACAAAAUUAAUUGUCAUUGUACAGAAUAGUUUUGCUAGAUUACUUGAAUGGAAUGAUAUUGUGAUCAAUGAACUAUUUGCUACUUGGUUGUACAGACCUGUAAAAAGUAUCAAGAAAAGCUUGAUGGAACUGAGAUUGUGUGGUGGUUUUUUUUAAAUUAUAAUUUGGAGCUUCUCACAA